AUGGCACAGAAAACUGGUCAAAUUGUAGCAACAACCAUUGAAGACAAGGACCAUCUGAAAGAGACAGCAGUCAGUCUGCUCAGGGCAAUUGUUAAAGUGACAUAUUUUGCCUCCACCAUCAACCCCAACAUCAUCACCUCCAUGUUGAAGGUGGCAAAAAAGUGCUUAAUCACUGAGGAUGCUGAAAAGCUGGACAAAGACUUGUGUGCGAUCCAAACCAAGCUGAACAGCAUUUACCUGGUCAAUCAGCAGACCCUGAAGCAAAUACACCUUGACGAAGUCAAUGAGACCUGCAGCAAGUAUGCCGAACACAUAAACCACCAAUACAACGCUCUCAACUCUAUGAUGGAACAGGUAAAGAAGGAUUCGGAAUGUUCCCAGGACUACAUGAAGGAUUUCCAAAUACUCUACGAGGGGGACAAGAGUGAAAUGAGUCUGAACGUCUUCUACUCUGGUGUUGUAGGGAAAACCACUUUUGCUUCAAGGCCACUGCUCGAGGUUUACUUUGAGCACUGCAAUGGAAACCGAAGCAUCAUGAAAUCAAAAUGCUUCUUCCUGGCCAAUCUCUUUCAUACUGGAAUGAUAACUCUGAUGGCAUACACAAUCAUAACCGAGGAUGAUGAGGAUCAUGUUAUGGAGAGAUGGUUGCCUAGAGUAGCAGAGAUCCAGGCCAAGAUAGAGGAAGUUCUGGAACGAUGUGAAGGGAACUGAUUAUUACCUUGCACCACCAAAUCUUUGUGAAUGCAGGGUUUUAAAGCCUUUAAUAAAGCAAACAUUUUGAGGUAAAUUGUCACAAUUCAAAAUUGUUAUUAGUAUAGUUUCUAAGCCUCUAAAUUGUU